CCCUGCUGGUGCUCUCCCAAAAAAUUAGAUAUUUUAAUGAUGAACUUGUGCUUUGACUUAUGUUUCUUAAAAAUUAUGUGCACUGAGUUACCUAUGAUAUAAUACAUGUUCAUUUUUUGCUUUACAUUUACAUUUAUUCAGGUAGUGAGUUUUAUAAUUUAUUAGGUCUAUAAGGUAAAAAUUUUAGUUAGAUAUAGACUUUAAAAGUGUAUUGUCAGUUGAUUAGCUGCUUUAUACUCUUUAUUGAAUAUCAUUUACCCAUAAAAUGUCAACUUAUGGAAAAAUUUAGAAAUAAGUGACAACUGAGCACCAUUUUCCUGAGCAGUGGGGAGGAAACUAUCAUGAAAACACUACUAACAAGGCCAUUUUUGUCUUUCCUAAGAAUUAAAUUGUGACAUAUACACUAACUGGUCCAAUGUGUUACAGUUCUAGCUGUUGCCAAGCAACAAGGACUCUCUUUUGUUCUAUUAUUUUCUGUCCUCAUCCCUUACUGCCCUAUCUACUUCUUUUGGUGGGGAAAAAAUAUCUACCUUAAAAAAAAAAAAAAGAAGAAAACCUACUCUAUCAACAUUUAGAAAACCAAAUCAACAACUUUAGGUUAGAUUAACCAAUCCUCAAUUAUUGGAAAUAGUAAGUUUUAUAGUAAAAGAGAAAGGCGUCAUCAGAAGAGCUUCAUUUACAGUCAGCCAAAAUUCUAAAGAACAUGGAUAUGGAUUCACAGUGCACACCCAGAAAGAUCAGUAUUUCUGAAAGGUCCAUCCUUCCAGGAGCAAAGGCUGUUGAGAACGUGGAUUACCCGCACUACUGCGAUCUCUUAAGAAAAAUGAACAUGCCUUUUGUGAAAGGCGUCGAGGACAGACAUGACCAUGGCAGAAUUGAAAAGAAAUGCAAUCCUACUUUUCUUAAGUUUCACCCUUAUCCCCCUUCAGUCAUGCCAGACUAUCAUUUACACUAUCCUUAUCCCCCGCCAUAUGGGCAAGAUUAUCCACUAUUUCCACUUCGGGAUGAUGUGCCCUUGGGUGAUCCCUGUUCAGGGUUUUUGAGUCCUGGUGGUGAUGCUGAUUUAAAACCUGGCAUUGGCAGAACCAUACCAAACCUGGUGGAUUUCAGUGACGUGAAACCGCAGCAUCGAGUUCCCAGGCCAGACACAGGAUUUCAAACAACACUGAAAAGGCAAACAAUUUUAUUAGAAGAACUAAAACAAGACAGGAGAUGGGAUUCCAGGGCAACACCGGACAUUUCCAUCAGAGCAAGACUUGGAGGUUGGACAAGCCCACUGAAAGUUACUCCUUUACCACCUCGUCACGAAGCGUGCUCAAUAAAUCACACAUAUGUAUUUGAUGAAGAACCAAUAUGCACGGAGGAUGGAGAAUCACUUUUACAGCCAAACAGGAAAUAUAACGCGAAGGACUCAUUUUACAAGUCCUCGACACAAAAAGCUUAUGAAGUUGUUCCUUGGGAUAAGAUGCUACCACCGAAACUCGAUCCAGAAGAAACAACAGUGGAAAAAGCUGCUGACCCGAUUUCACAGUGCUUUACACGGAAAAGAUAUGAAGGGGUACCAGCAAUAACCCAGAUGGUUGGUGGACUCUGGGACAGAUUUCAAACAAGAUCUUUCUUGGCACCCAUCAAGCCAGUGACUUUUGUGAGUCCAAGUUCCAGAAGCAAAUACAUCCCUCUUUAUACGGGUUGUGUGCAGUCUACAAAUGCCGAUGAUGUUGACAACCCCUUUGGAGACAUCACAUCUCUCGCCAAGCCUCGGGGCUCCAGGAUUCUUUAUACAAACACAAGUCGCUCUGCCAAUAUUCCAGGAUACACCGGUAAGGUUCAUUUCACAGCCAGCCACCCAGCAAAUUCUGAUAUUCCAUCAACGGCCCCAUCGCCAGACUCAGAAGUGUACCGCUUUGCACACACACGACCCUCCUGCAUCAACACCGGAACACGCCUGGGUGCAUGGAACACACCCCGUGAGAUGCACGUUCGCUUCCCCCCAAUCUCCGCCUUCUGUUUCAGAAGAGACAACAUUCUGUUGAAAGUCGACAUACGGUUUUAAACACCGUUUCGCAAAUUGAAAGCUGGAGACGUUAGAUGGAAGGUUAUCGCCGACUCCGUCGUUCAGAGCUGCCCGAGAGGAGUUGCACGCUGCUGCUCGUUAUGACUCAAAUUUGAAAACAUUUGAUGGAAGUCCCGGCCUCGCAAACAAGAUGACGGUUUUGAAAAAUGCAAACUCAGAGGUCUUAACCAGGUCCAGUCUCUGGCUCCUGCAAGGAAAUAA